AUGGAGAAAGAUUGGAUUUCGAAAGAGAGGGAUUCGUUGGAGUAUGAAGUCGGGGUUGAAAAGUUUUUGAUUUGCGCCGAGCAAAACUGUAAAAAUCCUAAAAAAAUACCUUGCCCCUGCUGCAAAUGUGUCAAUUUCAAGAAAUUUCCGGUAAAAAUAAUGAGGGGUCAUCUUUACGAAAACGGUUUCAGUCUCGGGUAUAUUGAUUGGAUUUGGCACGGAGGCAAGGCUGGUAUUUCGUCUGCCGGUAGCACACUGCCCCCUCAGGAAGAGGAGCAUAAUGCAGAAGCAUUUCUUACAGCCUUUGAAGCCGCACCGGAAGCGGUUGCUGCAUCAGAAGCGGUGGCUGCUGGUGCUUCAGAAGCUGCUGCAGUUUGUGAAGCAGCAUAUCGUAAUCCGGGGGAUAAUUCGGGGGGUGAUGACUACGAUAAAGACUCGCAUGAUUUUAAGAGGUUUGUUGUCGAUGCUCAACAACCUUUAUUUGAGGGCAGCGACUGCACAAAAUUAGAUUCAAUGUUGAAAUUACAGAACUGGAAAGCGAGAUAUGGUGUUAGUGAUAGCCUUGAGUAUACAAAAUUCCACGCGUGUCCCAAUGAAUGUGUUCUAUACAGGGGUGUAUAUGAGACUGCUUCGGAGUGUCCAAAGUGCAAGCUUUCGCGCGGGAAGGUGGGUAAGGAUGGUAGAGAACGGUAUAAAGUCCCGGCAAAAGUUAUGUGGUACUUUCCGGUCAUUCCAAGAUUUAAACGGAUGUUUAAAUCUUCUUCGACAGCUGAGUUGUUGACAUGGCAUUCCACCAACCAAAGAAUUCAGGAUGGACAGAUGCGCCAUCCUGCCGACUCACCUUCUUGGCGGAAUAUCGAUUACAGGUGGCCUGCCUUCGGAAGUGAGCCAAGAAAUCUUCGACUAGCUUUGGCGGCUGAUGGUAUCAACCCACAUAACAAUGGGCUGACCAAUCGUUAUUCUUGUUGGCCGGUAGUAUUGGUAACAUAUAAUCUUCCUCCGUGGUUAUGUAUGAAGAGGAAAUUUAUGAUGUUAACUAUAUUAGUCUCUGGUCCACAUGAACCAGGUAACAACAUUGAUGUGUUCUUACAACCGUUAGUUGAUGAUUUGAAAAAGCUUUGGGAAGAAGGUGAACCGAAUGUAUAUGAUGCCUUCACAAAAUCUUUUUUCACUUUAAGGGCGGCUUUGUUAUGGACGAUUAAUGAUUUCCCGGCGUAUGGUAAUUUGUCUGGCUGUGUCAACAAGGGUUAUUUGGGUUGUCCAGUGUGUAGUGAUGAUACCGUUGCUAAGUACUUGCCUUAUAGUAGGAAAAUAUGUUACCAAGGUCAUCGUCGGUAUUUACCUAGACAUCAUCCAUACAGGAAGAAUAAAGUAGCCUUUAACGGUCAACAAGAGUUUGGGCAGCCCAGGCCACCUCUUUCUGGACAAGAGUUCAAGUCCAAAGAUAGCGAGGCGUCUCGUCUUGAUAUGAUGGACAUGGGGGUUAGGACUGAUUUAGCUCCAGAACAAGGAGUAAAAAAAACUUAUCUGCCUCCUUCCUGUUUUACUCUAACAAAAGCAGAAAAAAGAGAAGUGUUGAAGUCACUAUCAUCAAUGAAGCUGCCAUAUGGGCAUUCCUCAAACAUCAGAAAUUGUGUAUCCAUGGCAGAUUUAAAGAUAUUUGGGAUAAAGUCUCAUGACUGCCAUGUACUUCUUCAACAAUUACUCCCUGUAGCUAUUCGUUCGGUGCUUCCGAAGAAUGUUAGAGUUAGCAUAAUAAGGCUUUGCUUCUUUUUCAACACUCUGUGCAACAAAAUUGUUGACGUGUCAAAACUUGAUAAAUUGCAAGCCGAUGUGGUAUUAACCUUAUGUGAGCUCGAGAAAAUAUUCCCCCCCUCUUUUUUCGAUAUAAUGAUACAUCUAAUAGUGCACCUGGUCAGGGAAUUACGUUUAUGUGGACCGGUUUUCUAUAGAUGGAUGUACCCAUUUGAGCGUUUUAAUAAAGUGUUGAAAAGUUAUGUGCGAAACCGUUAUUUUCCGGAAGGCUGUAUAGCUGAAGCAUACUUGAAAGAAGAAUCUGUAGAAUUCUGUGCAGAGUUCUCUAGAAAUAGUUUCACAACUGCUGGUCUGCCGAAGGACCAAGGCAAACUUUCUGGUCCACUUUCGGCUGCAACAAUAAAAUCUGUUGAAGAGAAAGAACGAGAUGAGGCGCAUUUACACGUCCUCUUAAACAACAGUGAUGUGUUUCCAUAUAUUAAGAUGCAUAAGGAGUUGCUUGAAAAACUUUAUGAGGGAAAGAAAAAGUCUAUCCAGUGGAUGAUUGGGGAGCAUAAUAGGUUGUUUGCUGAUUGGUUUCAGAACAAAGUUAUUACUGAAUUAAAUGAGAAAGUCGAAGGUGUUUCAGAAACGAUAAGGUGGCUAGCAGGCAAACCAUCAUUUAAUGUUUUAACUUUUGAUGGGUAUUUAGUUGAUGGGAUCCGAUACUUCACAGGGGAACGAGACAAUGCUAGGGUUGUUCAAAAUAGUGGAGUCUCUUUAGUUGCUAAAACUGUCCAAGUUUCGAGUGCUAAGGAUUUAAAUCCCGUAGAAAGUGAUAUGACAUUUUAUGGGAGGAUUCAAGAUAUUUGGGAACUAGAUUACCACUCAUUUAAAGCCCCGUUGUUCUUGUGCAAAUGGGCUGACUGUGACAGAGGCGUCAAGGCUGACGAACUUGGCUUCACACUUGUGGACCUUAGUCGACAAGGCCACAAGAAUGACAAAUAUGUGUCUGUGCAUCAAGUGAAACAAGUUUUCUACGUGGAAGAUCCCGUUGAUUCUAAAUGGUCAGUCAUAUUGACCUCAACAAACAGAGAUUAUCACGAGAUCUACAAUGAUGAUGAUCUUGGAGAUACGAUCUUGGAGAACCCCCCCAUUCUGCUCUAA